UAGGAGGAAGUGUCCCUUGGCAAACCACUGCAAAGCAGAAGACUUGGGAGGAGUAGAAUGAAGACUAGGGAGGUGCCAUGGGUUUGACCAUUUCCACUUCACUCCUUUUUUGGUUCGCCUCGCUCCUCUUGCUUCUCAAACUUCGCCUGCUGCCCCUGCAAUGCCACCGCCUCCACGGCAGUCCGCUCUGCUCCUUUUCCAGCCCGUCGAUGCCGCUGAAAGUUUGAAGGUUGGAUCUUGAUCGACCGGAAUAUCUAUGCCGCGAGAAGGGAGGGGUCAUGGAAUUUCCGCUCUUUGAGAUCUCUCUCUUGGAAAUUUUGCAUAGAAUUUAUUGCAAGGGAAGUGCAAACGAAAACUGAGAUUGUUAAAAAUCCAGCACAAUGGGCGGACUUUGCUCAAAACGAUCCGCUGUAGAUAAGUCACCUAGUGAGACUACUCUCGAUCCCAAUGGGCUUAAGGAUCAGGAGGGACCAAAUCAAUCCUUUGAUAAGAUGUAUUGUGAUUCGGGUAAUUCAACUGGAGGAGAAGCUAUGGGGAAACGGUUACAAGAACAGGAAGCUGGAAACAUUGCAGAAAGCGAGCCGAAGUUCUUUCGGACUCUUUCAUACAAUUUUGGGUCAACGAAGCCCAAACCCUCAAGGACUGCCAAGGUUUCUGAAGUGAGCUCAGUUUUGGGCAAGGCAGGUAGUGUUGGGCUCGGCAAAGCAGUGGAAGUAUUAGAUACUCUUGGGAGUAGCAUGACAAGUUUGCACUUCAGUGGUAGUUUUGUAUCCGGGGCAUCAAUAAAAGGAAAUAAAAUAUCUAUUUUGUCUUUUGAAAUUGCCAAUACAAUAGUUAAAGGUUACAAUGUUAUGCAAUCACUUUCCAAGGAUAAUAUAAAGCAUUUGAAGGAAGUGGUGCUUCUAUCUGAAGGUGUACAGUAUUUGAUAUCUAAAGACAUGGGUGACUUGUUAAGGAUUGCUGCUACUGACAAAAGUGAAGAACUGAAACUAUUCUCGAAUGAGGUUGUGCGGUUUGGAAAUUGUUGUAAAGAUCCUCAGUGGCAUAACUUGGAGCGAUAUUUUGACAGAUUAACAUCAGAAAGAAGCCACCAAAAUCAGCUGAAAGAAGUAGCUGAAAGAGCAAUGGAGCAACUAAUGACAUUGGCUCAUUAUACAGCUGAAUUAUACCAUGAGUUCCAUGCCUUGGAUAAAUUUGAACAAGAUUACAGGAGAAAACAUCAAGAAGAGGAUAUCACAAAUGGAAUGAACAAAGGUGAUAAUCUCCAAAUAUUAAAGCAAGAAUUGAAGAGCCAAAGCAAGCAUGUAAAGUUGUUGAAGAAAAAAUCACUAUGGUCCAAAAACUUGGAUGAGGUGCUGGAGAAGCUUGUAGAUAUUGUCCACUUCUUAUAUGUGCAGAUACAUGAUUCCUUUGGUACAGAUGAAAAUUAUAAAUUUCAAAAUGAUGAUGAAAAAACAGCAGAGUUGAUUGGCAGUCAAAGACUGGGACCUGCUGGCCUUGCACUGCAUUAUGCAAAUAUCAUCACCCAGAUAGACACCCUUGUUUCUCGUUCAAGUUCUGUGCCUCCAAAUAUGAGGGAUUCGUUAUACCAAGGACUGCCCCUGACAAUUAAAAAUGCAUUUCGUUCUAGAUUGCUGUCUUUACAAAUCAAGGAAGAGCUUACUAUUCCUCAAAUCAAAGAAGAGAUGGAAAAAACACUACGUUGGCUUGUUCCGAUGGCCAAUAACACGACCAAGGCUCACCAUGGUUUCGGUUGGGUUGGAGAGUGGGCAAAUAUUGGGUCUGAGAUAAACCAUAAGGCAGGUGGUCAGUCAGACUUGCUUCGGAUCAAGACACUCCACCAUGCGGACAAAGAGAAGACUGAAGGAUACAUACUCGACUUAGUGGUAUGGCUCCAACAUCUUGUCUGCCACUCAAAGUCUGGCAUUGGAGGUACCAGGUCACCCAUCAAAUCUCCAGUUUGUUCUCCCACUCAAAGGGGUUUAACUGUAGUAUCACCUUCCUUGAAACUGAGCAUCCCAUCUUCCACACUUCCGCGAGAAGACCAAGAAAUGCUCCAUUAUGUAAACUUACGAAAAAUUACUCCAGGUAUUAGUAAGAGUCAGGAGUUCGACACAGCAAAGAAGAAAGCAGGCAAGAACAACAGGUUGAGCAAGAGCAACAGCCAUUCACCAACUAGCUCUGACAAGAAAGAUUUUUUCAUGCUGAGAAGACCCUCAAUGCUCCCUGUCAUUGGCUUUGCUACUGACUGGACAAAAGCACUUGAUGUGAUUGAUCAAGUGGACAGUAUUAGAAAACCAUAAAGUACCAUGAGUAUGACCUCGUCCAAGGAUUCAUAAGGGCAUCAUGGCCCUUCACACUACUAAGCAUCUUGAUCGCCGAUUGCCAAUAGACAGUUACCAUAUGCAAUUGGAUUGCAUCCACGGUAGUAUUUGUGCACAGAGAAGGAAAUGCAAGAGCAACCUUGAUUUGCAUUAUCAAGAGUAAAUUACUUUUAUUAUUGCAGUCCAAAUUCGACGACUGAAUCCAAAAUGUUUCUGCUUUGACAAUUAAUGCUGUGAUCUCUAAGGUAAUCAAGAAUGCUUCAGUGGGGAAUUGUAUAAAUAUCUACAUCAUUAUAUUCCAGAUGAUGACAGUCUGCCUUCUUUUGAA